GAGUGGAAUUUGUAUCUGAGAGCCGGAGAAGGUAUAAGCGAAAGUGCACAGGAGGGUGAGAAAGGGGGCGGACCCGCAGUGCCGGCCCAUCCAGAAACAGGUUAGUGUCAGACGACGGCAGCGCGAGCGGAGCACACACACACACACAGCCGCAGUAUGCAAUAGAGCCUCCAGGAAGAAGUGCUGCUGCUGCUCCACUGGCACGGGAACAGGCAUGGACACACUCAGGGACCUGGCGCCUCUGUUGGCCCUGCUCCUCCUCGGUUCCGCCCGCUGUGCCGAGGAGCUGGAGCCGGUCCUCAAGGCCGUGGGCGACUCCAUGGAGAUGGGCUUCUGCUUCGGAGUGGACUACAUCGUGGGCUACAAGUUGGUGGGCGAGGAGCGGCAACUGGUGGGGAACUCCUCCAGCGAGUCGCCCGGGGGACUGCUGAACGGACGGGUGACAGUCACCAACCACGUGGCCUCCCUCCUGGGUUUGGAGAUCUCCAACCUGACGCUGGCCGACUCCGGGGUCUUCAUGAGGGAGUGCUGGCGGGACCACCAGCUGAUGAACCUGCAGAAGUUCUACCUGUACGUGUGCGGCCAGGAGGGCGACACUCAAGAGAUCUUUGUGGCCCCAGACGGAGGGGCAGAUUUGGCCUGCAACACCAGCAGCACCGGACUUCCGGGCUCCAGCAUACGGUGGUACCGUGAAGUUUACCCCAAAUACAAGGCCACGCUGUUCCUGGACACAGAGCAGUCGCUGAGCCCUGUCCAGCCGGAGCUCAAGGACCAGGUCCAGGUGAUAGACGGGGGCGCGAGCCUCCACAUCCCGCCUGAGGUCAUGAAGGAGAGCCGCAACUUCCAUUGCCUGGUGCUCCGCAGCGGUCAGUGCUUGGCCUUCCGGAACAUGGAGCUGGACGAGGAGCCCGACGUGAAGACCGUCUUCCGCUCGGCGGGGGAGAGGGUGCAGCUGCCCUGCCCCACGAAGCACCCCGAGCAGAAGAAGAGGUUCUGGGAGACGCCGUUCGGGGUCGUGGACUCCAGCACCCCGGUGGAGACGCCGGAGGGCACUCAUCUCAGCGUGCAGGAGGGGAACACGCCAGGGGAGUACUCGCUGCUCAUAUCCGAACUCAAUGAGAAUUCCGCGGGGGAUUACAAAUGCUUCUCUCCCUUGCUGGUGGCAGAUUACGCCGUGACGGUUUGCCCACAGCACGAAACCGCUGAGGUGGAGUAUUUGGAGGGGGGCGAGGUGGUGCUGGAAUGUAUGCCGCAGGAGGGGCCGUUCAGUGUCCAGUGGUAUCGACAGAAUGGGCUUCACGAGGAGACCUUGUUGUCGGACUCGGGCGAUCCAUCCAUCGAAAUCCCUGAGGACCUGCAGGAGAGGGCCAAAGUGUCGGAGGAAACCUUCACACUCACAAUUUCCCACCUCACCCCUGAGGAUGAAAGGACAUACUGGUGCGUUCUUCUGGAAGAUAUAGUGUUUCCGGACGAAGACUACACUGACGGUGAGGGCAGUGAGGAUGUUGCUGAACUUGAUGCUGAACUUGAUGCUGAACUUGAUGCUGAUGACAACAUUGCUGGAGAAUCUGGUGAGUUGGACAACGCGUGGGAAGAGGAGGAUAAAUGCCUCUCAAGGCGAGUGAUUCGCUUGGUAUACAAGGCCUCUGACCAGGGUGGCUCUGACCAGGGCUCCGGCAGGGAUGGGUCUGGCCAGGACAGGCAAGCGCCUGAUCCUGGUCCUGAUCCUAAUCAGCCCGGUCCAGAACCAGAGCCAGAGGCCACCACCAACCCACUUGUGUUCGGCGUUGCAGGAGGAGUCAUUGGCUUGAUUGUUGUGGGGGCUAUCAUUGCGAUAGUGUUUAAAAUGCGUGCAAAGAAGAAUUCUGAGCAGCCUGGGAAAGUGAAAUGUUCAAUACAAGACGGGGAGGUCGCUGGGCUUGCGCCAGAGAAGAACAGACCUUGACUGUAAAGAUACAUUCAGAUUUUUUUUGUUUUGUUUUCAGCACUGUUUGCACUGCUUAAGGGCCAAAGUACAGCACAGGACAACCUGUAUACGUUUCACUUUGCCCAUGAACCUAUCAACUGCAAAUCGUUUCUGGGAGACAAACAACAGUGUUGGAAUGAGGAAAGAAUGAUGGCUAACCGGAGAGACUCUCAGAGAGAAGCUAUCUGGGGCAUAGACGGUAUCCGAGAGAGAUUUGAACUCCAGUCAAACACGGCAUGUAAAGGAUAAUAUGAAAGUAAUGAGAAACAGCUCCUGGCUUUUUGCCACACCGCCUCCGAGAGUGAUGACUGAACCAGCUGGAUUUUCUUCACUGUCAAAUCUUUGAUUCAUGCUUGUAAAGGGUGGUGUUCAUACAUAAAGACAAAUAAAAGAUCCUUCUUGAGAAUGUUA